AUCAUCAUCUUCCAGCUGUUGAAGUGAAGGUGCGGCAUUUGCAGUUCCAAAUUCGGAAGAAUUUGUGCGUAGGUGGAAGGAGCCAAGGAAUACCAGCAGCCGAGAUUUUCAUGCAAUGGCGUUAGAGAUGGUGAACAAUUACACUGCGGAGACCUUAUUCGUUUCUCUGCUCGCCUUCUACCUUCUCUACAUUUUCCGACGGAAACCCAAGAGAUGCAAUGAACAGGAACGCGGAAUCGAUAUCAAUAAUGAUUACAUUCGGAGCUCCGCAAACCCAGAGGUCCGACCCGGAGAAGAAUCCGAAACUGAUAUCAUCAUCGUCGGCGCUGGCGUCGCCGGUGCUGCCCUUGCUUAUACCCUCGGAAAGGAUAGCCGUCGAGUUCAUGUAAUUGAAAGAGAUCUAACAGAGCCAGACAGAAUAGUUGGGGAACUGUUGCAGCCUGGAGGAUACUUGAAGCUUAUUGAAUUAGGCCUUGAGGACUGUGUGGAUGAAAUUGAUGCCCAGAGGGUGCUUGGAUAUGCACUUUUCAAAGAUGGUCGAACUACUAGACUGCCUUACCCAUUGGAGAAGUUCCAUGCUGAUGUGGCAGGUAGAAGCUUUCAUAAUGGUCGGUUCAUACAGAGGAUGCGAGGAAAAGCUGCCACCUUACCCAAUAUGAAACUAGAGCAAGGAACUGUGACAUCCUUACUUGAGGACAACGGAACCAUUAAAGGUGUUCAAUAUAAAACAAAAACCGGUCAAGAACUUAAAGCUUAUGCUCCUCUUACAAUUGUUUGUGAUGGAUGCUUCUCAAAUUUACGUCGUUCCCUUUGCAAUCCUAAGGUUGAUGUUCCCUCAUGCUUUGUUGGGAUGGUCUUGGAGAAUUGUCUACUUCCAUUUCCAAAUCAUGGUCAUGUCGUUUUAGCAGAUCCAUCGCCAAUCUUGUUUUAUCCAAUCAGCAGCACAGAAAUACGUUGUUUGGUUGAUGUACCUGGACAAAAGGUUCCUUCAAUUUCUAAUGGAGAAAUGGCGAAUUAUUUGAAGAACAAUGUGGCUCCACAGGUUCCAGUUGAACUGUAUGAUGCAUUUUUAACUGCUAUUGACAAGGGAAAUAUUAGAACAAUGCCUAAUAGAAGUAUGCCAGCUUCUCCCCAUCCGACACCUGGCGCUCUACUAAUGGGUGAUGCUUUCAAUAUGCGACAUCCACUAACUGGCGGAGGCAUGACUGUGGCACUUUCUGAUAUUGUUGUUCUUCGCGAUAUUCUUAAGCCACUGCGCAAUUUGAAUGAUGCUGCAUCAUUAAGCAAAUAUCUAGAGUCUUUCUACACUUUAAGGAAGCCUGUGGCAUCAACAAUAAAUACUCUAGCUGGAGCCUUAUACAAAGUUUUCUGUGCCCAUCCUGAUCAGGCAAGGAAGGAGAUUCGCGAAGCUUGUUUCGACUAUUUGAGCCUCGGAGGUGAAUGUGCUGCGGGCCCCAUUGCUCUUCUAUCGGGUCUAAAUCCUCAACCAUUGAGUUUGGUUCUCCAUUUCUUUGCAGUUGCGGUUUAUGGUAUUGGUCGUCUUCUAGUCCCAUUUCCUUCACCCAAACGAUUAUGGAUGGGAGCUCGAAUCAUUUCUGGAGCUUCUGGUAUCAUAUUUCCUAUUAUAAAGGCGGAAGGGGUUCGACAAAUGUUCUUCCCUGUAACUGUCCCUGCCUAUUACAGAGCACCACCCGCAGUAAUAUGAUAAAUUCAAUCUGCCAAAGAUGUAGGGAUGGAUGUGUGUGUGUGUGAAGGUAAACUUAGAAUGAUUUCUUAAGUACAAUAAGAUGUUGUUGGCAAGUGUAAAAUAAAAAGAUUUGUUUGGAUUAUUGAUUACAUAAAGUGUAUUCUUCUCAAACUUGCUCAUGUAAAUCUGAAAUGAGGUAUUUAGUCUUUUC